AUGGCGAACGUUGACGCCGGAACACGCCUUGAAAGCUUGAUCCUUCGCCGCAAAUACGAUCCGAAGACUCGGGAGGAGAAGGAAGUCAAGGUUCACAAUCUCAAAUCCGAUGCGCUAUCCGAGGAACAGCGCAAAGAACUCGAGCAUGCUCUCGUCAUCCGUCAAGUCUACGACCAGAAUGGCCGGCAAGAGAAGACCAUCCUCAACGUCAACUCCCCCUUCAUCCUCCGCGCAUUCCGAGAUGUGAUCAAGUCCCAUCCCAUCGUUCCCUCGACCUUUGAGGAGCCCUUCGAGCUCGAAAGUCCAUUCCAGAUGCUGAUUCACCACUGGGAUGACCUGGAUGUUCAUCGCCGACAGACAUCCGACUACGAUGUCCGAUCCCAUCUCAACCUCCUUUUUGACUUCAUGGAGUCUGAGCUGGGCCCUGACUACCAAAGACUCCAGGCCAUGUGGCAAAAAGGCCAUAUUACGUACGAGACAUUAUGGUCCGUCUUCAAGCCCGGCAGCCUGCUCAUCACGUUUGAGAACGGUCAUCCCUGGCUUCUUCGCUGCUUACGGACGGGUUAUGAGGUGUACAACAGCAUAGGUCCAGUCUGUCAUAUUUACGGUCAGUACACCGACUUUGAUGGGAAAACAUUCGGAAAUGCCACUCAGGAGUUUCAGAUUCGCCAGAAGGUUAGCUUGAAUGGUCUUCAUCCUGGUCCCAUCAACCAAUUACCCAUCUUCCCCCUUGCGUACUGGACAAAAGACGAGACCAAGAUAGACGACCUGAAGAGAAGACUCCAGAUCAGGGGAGAGGCCUUCAAAGAGAUCGAUGGCGUCGCUCUCAGAUACUACCACGGUACGGCCAAGUAUCUCAAAGAACCUCCGAUGAGCUACUACCAUCCCUCUCUUGAAGGCGAAUCAGGCUUGUGGAUUGGGUUCACGGAGUCAGCACGAGUUGUCUUGGACCGGGUACUAUUCGACGAGGAAAUAUUCUCCGAACGCAAGACCGUCGCCGCCAAUCCAGGCGCGGACCUUACCCUCUGUCCGCCCUAUACCAAGGGGUUUUCCCCAGCAAAGAAGACGUUCUGCCGGUACUACCUGGACUGUCUUCGCCCUAUCGACUGGAAGCCAGAUGCCUGGGAGUCUCUGCUCCUCCCGAAUGCCCAGAAACGCAUUCUUCGAGCUCUCGUUGAGAAUCACAUAUUCCCUGACAAUGCCCGGGACGAAGACAUGCAAAAGGGCAAAGGGCUGGUUCUCUUGUUACAUGGAAGCCCCGGGUCUGGAAAGACGAUGACUGCAGAAACUGCUGCAGAAGCAACCAAGAAGCUUCUAAUCUCAAGCUCACUCGGGGAGUUGAACCGAGACAACUGGGCAUCCGAGUUUGAGAGACGUCUCAAAGAGCUAUUGCAUUACGCCACAAAAUGGCAGGCAGUCGUGCUACUCGAUGAAGCUGAUGUGUUCCUAGAGAAACGCGAGGAUGCGGAAGGUCACAACGCCGACCGGAAUGCCUUGGUCGCCGUCUUCCUGAAGCAUCUUGAGUACUUCUCAGGGAUCGUGUUCCUGACCACCAACCGCGUCCGGUCAUUCGAUGCCGCGAUGAAGUCUCGCAUACACCUUGCGCUGACCUACGGACCACCCGAUCUUGAGACUCGGCGGCAACUCUGGAUGAAGUAUCUCGGAGCGAUCCCGAAGAGCGAGAUCAGCAUGGGUAUCAACGAGGAUAUUGACGAGCUGCUCACAGAAAAGCUCAACGGACGUGAGAUAUCGUAUGCGGUCAACACGGCUCGUACCAUUGCUCGUCAUGAACGACAGCCACUGAGUCUUGAUCACUUGAUGACUGUUAUCCUAGUGCGGCAAGAAUUUGACAAGUCUUUGAAGGAGGUUUCAAGGAUAGAAAGGAAAGAUUCCGUUCUUGACGCUUUCUAA